AUGGCGGAUUUUCUUGAAAAUGUUGAAGUUGGACAUUAUCGGUCRUUAGACUUACCAAAAAACUUUGCAUUGAAAGUUAAACUUCGCAAAACAACGGCAAGUUUUCUCCCAGAGUUCAACAUUGGCUCGCAACAAGGCAUUAACGCUGAUGAUGGUGCCGAAGCUGCUGGAGAGGCUGUCGAAAUGCCAGAAAUUGGACGAAAUCGAUCACAAAAUAAAGGUUUAUCAAAAACAGAUGAAGAAACAGAAGAGUUUAUAUUUCACUGGCAGCAAAAAGCAUUUUCUCAGCUACUUGGCUAUGGCUACAUAGUUGACAGUCAGAAUCCAACUAUCAGUCUCCCUGUUGCCAAUGCAUCCAACCUCGUUACUAGUGGAUUGGAAAGACAUUAUGUAGAGGAAUGCAAAAAGAUCAGAUCAAGAGGAGGACGUCCUAAUAAACGCUUAUUUUCAUACGUCGAUCAUGAUACAUUUGUUAAUCUUGACGAGGAAACGCGCACCUUAACAACAUCCCCAACAGAGAAGCCAUCUUUUUUAGUGGARAAAAUGUUAAAUGUUAGAAGAAGAAACAUCACCUCUAGAAGACUGGAUAGAAGAAAUCGACCUGGUGGUUUUACACAUCAUGUGAACCCGGUAACGACAUAUGAAUCAGAAGUGACCAAAUCAUCAGCUCAUGUUCUUAGUACUCACUAUAGRACAAUGCACAUCAUGGCAGACCUUGCUGUAGAUACCAAUACAAGUACUGAGGCUGAUGAAUAUACGCUUUGUUCAAUCAAGUUUGACAUAAAUGGACAGAUAUUUUUAAAACCUGACUGUAAUCAUGGCGAGCUUCCAUAUCGUAUUGAGACCCACACUGAUUCCAGAGACGUAUAUGAGUAUACUAUAGAACAUUGUUCMACACAAAUGACAAGUGAACAGCAAGAACAAGAAAUGAAAAGCUUUAAUGAGCUCUAUAACAGGCAUGCAUUGUUUCUUGUAUCUCAAGUUGGAAUGGAUUUUGACUAUGUGCCUGAGGCAGGAGUUCUAAAAAUGGAAUUACUUGGUGAAAUUGUGUCUGCUAAAGGAUUUGAUUAUGAUGGAUUGUAUAUUCAUUUCUUUCUUGAAUUACCACAAGAAUGGACCUCGGAUUGUGGACCAUACCUUUCAGGUGUUACUCAAACUUGUUUUACCAAAUGCAGUGGAAAAGAUAACGUUGCUUACUUCAGUUUUCCUUUUGACUUUUCGUUGAUAUACAAAGAAAAGGAAGAAUCGGACGAUUUUAUCCGAUGGCCAGUGCUUUUUAUCGAGGUUUUAUCCUUGGAUAGUUGGGAAAGACACCGUACGGAAGGGUAUGGCAUGAUAACCAUUCCUAACCAACCUGGAAUUCAUGAAAUAACCGUCAAUACUUGGCGACCUAUUGGRAAUGGAACUGUCCCAGAACUUAGACGAUUUUUUAUCGGUGGUUCCCCAGAACUUGAAGACCCRACAUAUCCUCAACAGCCCGUCGCAACAGAGGAAAAAGUACUUAGUAAGUUUUACUUUCGAACUGUAACUUCUGGAAGUGUUACAAUACGUCUCAACGUAAUUCAGCAAUGCCAAGAAUUUAUGGAAUCUAAAAAAGCCAAAAAGAGAACGCGAACUAUCCUCGAUCGUUUAGGAGGUUUGAGCGCUUUGGAUUCUCUAGGUCAAGUUAUGGACGCGUUUCAGCGAGCCCGUCAGAGAAUGGUCGCAGCAAGAGAGGGAUUACCGAUUGUCAAGUAGUUAUUUGACCUGCAAGGUAUCCGUGUUUUGUAUCCGACAACGUAAAUUACGCAUGCUCUGUUGAUUUCAUAUAACGGCAAGAGUCCUGUUCAUUUGAGUCAAUCUGGUUUUGCCGAAUAGGUGGAGACGGGAAAAUUUGAGUCGAACACGAUAAGAAAAGUUGUGGGUUAUCCCGGGAUACUUGAGCCGGUAUAUUUAGUACUGUAUGAAAAUAGAGGCUCCUCCUUGAAUUCCUAGCCAUACUGACAGCUCACACUUGAAAAAGCCCUUGAAAAUAGAAAAAUCCUUAAAAGCCUCUCUGCUGAAAUACUCCUUGAAUCUAAUGAAAUUGACAUGCUGCCUUUUAACAUUUUGAAAAAACGCCGACAGAAAUAUUCACAUAGAGCAAAGAAAAUUUUCAAAAAUAGGCCUUAAGAUUUGUGCUUAUAAAGUUCUUGGAAAUUCCUGGAAUUUGUAAUUAAAAUGCAGCACGAAUCCUUGCAGCAGUUCAUACAAGUCCAACUGGAGGACAAAACAAUAGAUUCUAGUUCCCAUAAGAGGGCAAAAAUCUUYUGUUUUGUCGUCCAGAUGAAGGUGCUUUUUCGUCACAUGCAAGGGGUUUUAACAUUACUGAAUGGGUCGCUGGUAAGAAUGUUAUUGUACAGAAAUGUAAAUAUGAUAAAAGAUUUAUAUUUUGAGCGCAUCAACAUGAUGCUUGUAUUAUAAUGUUUUUAGUGGUAUUAAAUUAAACGAAAUURAUAUAAUCAAAGCUAC